AUGGAAGACGUAAAUGCUGCAGAGCAGGGUUUCGGCCAACAACAUGCUGAGGAGUACGAGAAUGCCGGGAAGGCAAAUGGCAAGCAGGCCAAGACAACAGAGGUGUCUUCACCCUAUAGUCAGCGCCGCAAGACCCUGGACAGCCAAGCUCGCGCUCGUGGUUUUGAUGUAGAGGAUAUCUCUCAUCCCGUGACUUUGCGGCAGGAGAUCAUCGCUGCGAGCCAGACUAACCGUUAUGGAGUGGAAACGACAUCCGAGUCGGAAGGUGACGAGGUUCAGCCAUCCGAACGUUCAGCACUUUUGAACCGCAAGGAUCGCAAGUCCAACUACACCGAUGAGGACAGUACGCCUACCAACGGACGCGAUGUGACCGCGGAUGACAUCCUUCACCGCCAUCACAAGCACGCACAACCAAAGCCCAAGGACGAGAAGGAUGGACAUGGUCAUGAUUUGAACAUGCGUGGUGUGUUCCUUCACGUCAUGGGUGAUGCACUGGGAAAUAUCGGUGUUAUCGCAUCCGCGCUUAUCAUAUGGUUGACCGAUUACCCGUGGAGACACUACGUGGAUCCGGGUAUCUCUCUGUUCAUCACAGUCGUCAUCCUCUGCUCGGCCAUUCCUCUGUGCAAAGCUGCGUCGCGCAUUCUGUUGCAGGCGGUGCCUUCCGGUCUCAGUAUCGAUCACAUCAAAGAUGAUAUUGAGCAACUCCCCGGGGUGAUUGGCUCGCACCACCUUCAUGUCUGGCAACUGAGUGACACCAAGAUCGUGGCCUCGAUUCAUAUUCAGGUUGACACGGAAAUCAAGGGCGAAGGUUCGGAGCGGUACAUGCACCUGGCUCGGCAAGUGCGGAAGUGCCUGCACGCCUAUGGCAUUCACUCGUCCACCAUUCAGCCUGAAUUUGCCCCUGAUAGCGAUACGGAGGACAACCAAGGUGGUCCAUCAUCUUCUCGGGAGAGCCAUUAUGAGCCCAACUCAGCCAGCAAACAGCCCAGCCGUGCUGCGAGUGUCCGGGAAGACGCGCAAGCAUGUCUUCUCGAAUGCGAUGAGAAUUGCGCUCGCGGCGGGCAAUGCUGUCCUAAGAAGCCUACAUAA